CUCCAAUUGGAAAAAAAAAUGGUCUCAUCUUAAUAGGCUUUGUCUUAUGAAAUAAUAAAAGUACUUGAAGAUCAAUAUAGAUUUGCUUAUGAGAAUUGCAACCAGGAUUCGCACCACUUGCUCAAUUAAUGUAUACAAGACUAUUGAAUUUCACAGGCGAAACGAGCUGAAUACCGCGGGCGGCGCAAAAGGACUCGAUCACGGUGGGGUGAAUAUGUGAUUCUGCAUCGCACCGGACCCAGUUAUUUCUUUGAUUUGCCAGUAGCGAAGAUAUCACAGGAUUGUGACAUACGAGAUAUAUAUCAUCAUUGGUUGCCAAUAUUUGUGACACCAACGUUUGUUUUUUGAACUUUGAAACUUUUUUUUUCUAAUCAUUUGGCUUUUCCGGUUCAAGUUAGCAGUAUCAUGGAUUAUAUAAUUUCAGAUAUUAAACCAGAGCAUUUCGAACUUUUCUUUCUCUUAUCGGAUGCUUUGGUUCAUGAGACCACUGCAGAAAAUAUAUUACCAUAUCUAGAUGAUGAUUUCCCCAAAGAAAAGAUCAAUGAAUAUUUAACAAGCUUUAAGAGACCAUCUCAAAGGGCUGAAUUUAAACAGGAACUUGAAAGAACUAUUCGUGCCAAUCCAAAAGCUGCAGGUAGACUAUUCGUCGUUCUCUGUACUAUCUUAGACUCCAGAAUUUUAUCACCGUUUCUUACGAAAUCACUAACCUUAGUGAGAGAUAUGUCAUUGGAAGAACGGGCUGAUCUUUUACGCAGUUGGAGAGAUUCACCAAUUGAAUUAAGAAAUCGAUUAUUCAAAUUAUUUCAUGCUUUAUCAGUAGCUCUUUACUUUAAAACUGCUCCAGAGAUUCAUCACCAAGCUAUUGGAUACCCUGGAAAAGAAGCAAGAGAAUGUCUUUAUGAAAAUCAAGUCAUUGAAGAUUAUAGAUAUACCAUGUUACAACCUCCUCAACAUGAAGGUAAUGAAUUAUAUUUACCAAAUAUUGAUGCAGUGAUUAUAGGAUCUGGGAGUGGUGCGGGUGUUGUUGCUAAUACAUUAACUAAUGAUGGCUAUAAAGUAUUGGUUUUAGAAAAGGGUAAAUACUUCCCAAACUCAGAAUUGACUUUCAAUGAUGCAGAAGGUUAUAACAAUAUGUACGAAAAAGGUGGAGGACUUGCUACAGCAGAUCAAGGUUUAUUUAUUUUAGCUGGUUCAACAUUUGGAGGUGGUUCUGCAGUCAAUUGGUCUGCUUGUUUAAAGACUCCUUUCAAAGUCCGCAAAGAAUGGUAUGAUAAGUUCAACAUUGAUUGGGUUGCAGAUGAAACUUACGAUCAAUGUCAGGAAUUUGUUUGGAAACAAAUGGGUGCUUCGGAUGAGAAUAUUACCCAUUCAUUCUCCAAUCAAGUUUUAUUAGAUGGUUCUAAGAAAUUGGGCUAUAAAUCUAGACCUGUUGCUCAAAAUAGUGGUGGCCACCCCAAUCACUCCUGUGGAUUUUGCUAUUUGGGUUGUAGAUAUGGUGUCAAGCAAGGUAGUGUCAAUUGUUGGUUUAGAGAUGCAGCAGACAAAGGAUGCCAAUUCAUGGAUCAAGUCAAGGUUCAAAAAAUUAUCCAUAGAAAUGGUAAAGCUACAGGCCUUGAAUGUAUUGAUAACCGUACUGGGAAACAUUUUAGAAUAACCGGCCCAAGGAAGUUUAUUGCUUCAAGUGGAUCACUUCAUACCCCAUGUUUAUUGCAAAAAUCAGGUUUUAGGAAUAAACACAUUGGUGCCAAUUUAAAAUUACAUCCAGUUACUGUUUUAUUGGGUGACUUCGGUCAUGAAACUAAAACUAAACCUUACGAAAACUCGAUUAUGACAUCUGUUUGUACCCAAGUUGAUGAUUUAGAUGGCAAAGCCCAUGGUGCAAAAAUUGAAACAAUUUUACACAGUCCUUAUAUGGAAUCCAUCUUCACUCCUUGGAAAGAUAGUGAUCAAUUGAGAAGAGAUGUUCUUAAAUAUAAUAAUUUGGCAGCUAUGUUAAUUUUAACCAGAGAUACCUCUAGUGGUACAGUCAAAUUUGAUGCCGACAAAGAAGAUGCUUUCACAGUAGAUUAUACUCUCAACAAGUUUGAUCGUAAUUCUAUGUUACAAGCAAUCUUGGUUACUGCUGACAUUUUGUACGUGGAAGGUGUGAAGGUAAUUAUCCACCCACAAAAUUCAGUUGAAGAUUUCGAAUCAAAUAAACCAAAGCAUGAAAGAUCAGUCACUGAUUCUGAUUACGUUGCUUGGAGAAAUAAGAUUGCCAAAAUACCACUUGGUAAGUAUGGUGUUUCAUAUGGGUCUGCUCACCAAAUGGCUUCUUGUAGAAUUAGUGGAAAAGGUCCCUCUCAUGGGGCAGCCGAUCUUAAGGGAAGACUUUUUGAAUGUAAAAAUGUUUACAUUGCUGACGCUAGUGCUAUGCCUUCGGCUAGUGGUGCUAAUCCAAUGAUCACAACCAUGGCAUUUGCCAGAAAGAUUGCAUUGGAUAUAUCCAAAGAUUUAAAACCUCAACUUAAACUUUGAUUAUGAUCCUCAUAUUAAUUUCUUAUAUGAUUACGCCAUGAAUAAUGUUAGUUUCUUUCACUUGAUAUUCCCUUAUAUUUAAUUAGUUACUUUUUGAAAAGUUUUUUUUGAAAUGACAACUGCAUGUAAUCUGU